AUGACCUGGUGGCUUUUCUUCAUAUUCUUCUAUUCGAUCAGUGUGUUGUUAUUUCAUAUUUAUAUUCGUUAUUUCUCUGCUCAACGACAUAAUUUCAAUUCGAAAUAUUUUCCUGUGAUCAUUGAACCUUGGUAUUUUCCAUUUUUGGGUCCAAUUCUUUCCAUGUUAGAUAUGGAAACAUCUCUAAAGAGAUGGUGUACAAAAUACGGACAUAAUUUCACAUUAUUUCUCUUCGGAAAAUAUUACACAGUGAUAACAAAAUCAGCUGAUUUGAAGAAAUAUUAUCAUUCUACAGAAGAAACACUCAGUAUGUCGAGAGCUGCAUUUCUUCUAUUAGGAUCAUCAUAUCCUGAAAGUCAAUAUAUUGUUGAAUAUGAUGUUGUACAAUAUUUACAUAGUAUUCUGAAUUCGAAUCAUUUGUCAAAGAUGAUUUCAAAUACAGAAAUGGUGAUGAGAGAUUAUUUUAAUAAUAAAAAUGGACAAUUUUGGAAUGAAAAUGGUGAUGAAGUUGUCAUUGAUUUAUUUGAUUUUAUGUAUCGUUUGAUUAUACGUAUCAAUUCGAUUAAUUUCAUAUCAUCGAAUAUUUACACAAAUGAUGUUGAUGAAGUUAUUGAAAUAUUUACUCGAUUAAAUGUCGAAAAAGAUAUUUUAAGUCCAAUAAUUGAACGAAUGAAAAAAUACUUCGGAUUGAAAACAAAAAAAGAUUUCGCUUGGAAACAAUGGAUUUUACUUCUUAUGCCAGAAAUUCAACGAGCUUUACAAAUGAUUGAAAAUAACAUUGAACCAAAUGAUUUUGAUAUUAUUUAUGAAAAUGUGAAAUAUGUCAAAGAACAAAUGGAAAAACGUGGUGAAACAUUUACACCUCGUUUAGUCGCUUAUUUUGCUUAUAUGUCAAUUGUUCCAGCACAAUUGAAUACAUACACAACAGCAGCAUAUCUAAUUCUUGAAUGGAUUCAUCAUCAACAUGAUGAAAUUGGUCAACAAAUGAAAAACGAAAUUGAUCAUUUAUCUCAAUGCGAUCAAUUAACUAUUGAUGAUUUAAACUCAAUGGAAUAUAUUCAAGCGUGUAUCUAUGAAGUUAUUCGAAUGCACACGGACUUCCUCUUGAGUUUACGACAUGCUGGUGAAGAUAUUCUUCUUUCUCAAGAGAAAUUUAUUCCAACUGGAAAUUUUGUUGUAACACCAAUCACUGGUGCACAACAUUUAUAUACAAAUCCAUUCGAUUUUCAACCUGAAAGACAUUUGAAACCACGAGAAGAAAUGAAAGUUGAUCCAUAUCGAGCUUUGCCUUUUGGAAGAGGAAGACAUUCGUGUGUGGGAGAAAGAUAUGCGAAAAUGCAAAUUAAAAUUCUGUUUCUUCGAUUGACAAAAUUAUGCAAAUUGGAAUUAAUGCCACAAUCGAAUAAUUAUAAAACGACAAUCAACAGAAAACAAUUCGACGGAUUAAGUCGACCGACAAAACCCGUUUGGAUCAAAAUUUCCAAAAGAAUCUUAUGA